CCACCCUUGGGUCUCCAGCAGUGUCCAUGUGCCUGGCAUACAGUUCGCUGAUGAAUCCUGUUGCAUAUAUGCUCCAGCGUCCAAAGAGCCGUCCACCUUUUACCCACUCCACUGGCAGCGCUGGGGGUAACUCUUUGUAUCCGGAGGUAGCAGCUCCUGGAGUUGGCCCCAUAACACUGUUGGCAUUCACUUGUGGAACGAGUUCAGCAAGGGGGGAACCAUUGCACCCUGGGGAUGGCUCAAUAGUUGAUGCAACCUCCCAGAAGAAUUGUCCCAUGAUAUAUGACACAGUCGGGCAGAUCAGGAAGCUCUACAACCACUUGCAGCGACGGAAGAUGCACAAAAUAUCAAGACAUAGCCAGGAAGCAUGAAAUGUCAAUUGU